AUGAACUUCGGAAACUUUGGUCAGCAGACGCAGGUUCAGAGCAACGUCAACAUGUCCAUGGCCGAGCAGGAACUGGAAAUGGUGACUACGUUCAUCGUCGAUUCAUGCUAUAGAAAGUGCGUACCCCCGAAAUACCAAGACGGCGAGCUGAAUAAAGGAGAAUCCGUCUGCAUUGACCGUUGUGUUGCGAAAUACUUCGAAGUGAACAUGAAAGUAGGACAGAAGCUUACAGCGCAAGCAAACCAAGGGCAACUGCGAUAG